AUGGUGACUUGGGCCCUACUGCUUCCUCUGCUCGUGGCCGUGGCCCAGGCCCAGGUCUGCUCUGUGGAAAAGAACUUCUUCGAAGUCAGUGAGAACACGAGUCCCGGGCAGCUACUCCUCAACAUCACCGUCCCUGAGGGCCAGCAGGUGACCCUCGGACCCUCGCCCACCCGCUUCGCAUUUCGGAUCCAGGGGACUCAGCUGUUUCUCAAUGUGACCCCGGACUACGAGGAGAACUCAAUGCUGGAAGCAGUCCUGGAGUGCAAGAGGGAUGACACUGUGGUGACCAGCCUGAGGGUGUUUGUGUCAGUGCUGGAUGUCAACGACAACCCGCCCAGGUUCCCCUUUGUAGUCAAGGUCCAAAGGGUGCCAGAGGACACUAAAGUGAAUGCCGUCGUCAUCCCCGAGACAGAGCUGAAGGCCCAGGACCUCGACAAAGAUGACGUCCUGUUCUACACCCUCCAGGAAGUGACCCCGGGUGCCAGCGGCUUCUUCUCUUUGGUGGGUGCGAACCGCCCAGAGCUGCGGCUGGACCGGUCACUGGACUUCGACAGGUGGCCGAACAUGACCUUCCAACUGCUGGUCCGGGUGAGCAGGCCACUCCCGCCCUCAUCCCGGAUGCCCACGGCCCCACCCGAGCCGCUCCAGCCACAGGCCCCCAGGCCUGACGGCAGGGCUGCGGUGCUGCAGGACACGCGAGAGGAGAACGUGGAGCCCAGACACACGGCCACAGCCACCUUGGUCCUGGAGGUGCGGCCCGCCGACCUGCGGGCCCCCUGGUUCCUGCCCUGCACAUACUCUGACGGUUUUGUCUGCGUCGAAGCCCAGUACCACGGGGCUGUGCCCACAGGCCACACACUGUCAGGACCCCUCAUCCUGCAUCCUGGGCCCAUCUACGCCGUGGACGGGGACCGGGGCAUCCAUCAGCCCAUUGUGUACAGCAUCAUCAGGGGAAACGAGGAUGGCUCGUUCUCCAUUGAUGCCAACACAGGCAACCUCACCAUGACCAAGAGCAUCCCCAGCCCCAAGACCUUCCUUCUGCUGGUCAAGGGCGAGCAGGCGGAUCACGCCAGGUACUCGGUGACCCAGGUCACGGUGGAGGCCCAGGCCGCCAGCGGGAGCCCGCCCCACUUCCCCCAGAGCCUGUACCGCGGCACCGUGGCGCUCGGCUCUGGGGUAGGCGUGGCCAUCAAGGAUGCAGCUGCCCCCUCCCAGGCUCUGAGGAUCCGGGCCCAGGAUCCUGAGUUCCCAGACCUCAACUCGGCCAUCACGUAUCGGGUCACCAACAACUCUAACUUCCGGAUGGACGGGGAGACCAUGCUGACUGACGCUUCGCUGGUGCACGCCGGGGUCUUCUACGCAGAGGUUGAGGCCAGGAACACGGUGACCUCAGGCACAGCGACCACGGUCGUGGAGGUUCAAGUCUCAGAACAGGAACCCGCCCCCACAGUGGGUGGCAGUUCAGACGCAAGCCGCUUCUCGGUGGUGGAUAUGGCGGCGCUGGGCGGGGUGCUGAGCGCGCUGCUCCUUCUGGCUCUCGUCGCCCUCAUAGUCCUCGUCCACAAGCACUACGGCCACCGACUCAAGUGCUGCUGUGGCAAAGCGCUGGAGCCCCAGCCCCAAGGCUUUGACAACCAGGCCUUCCUCAACAACCCCGACGAGGCCAGCUGGGCGCCGGCUCCUAGCCCCUCAUCCAGUCCCGUCCCGCCAGCUCCCCCAGAGCCUGCACCCCCAGAACCCAAGCCCCCCGGCCCGGAGACCCUCCGCCGAGUCGCCGAGUCCCCUACGGUGGCCCUGGAUGGGGACGGCCCGGCCGCUGUGAGGUCCAUCCUGACCAAGGAGCGGCGGCCUGAGGGUGGCUACAAGGCGGUGUGGUUCGGCGAGGACAUCGGGGCCGAGGCCGACGUGGUGGUCCUCAACACGCCUGCCUCGGAAGUGGACGGUGCUGGCGACGAGGGCAGCGAGGGCAGCGGCGACGAGGGCGCAGAGGCGGGCCUGCGCGGGGGUGCCCAGGACGCGCCUCGCUCCGACUCCGUCUACCUCUAGUGUGGCCGCCCCUCCUCUCCCGGAGAGUCUGGGUCACUGCAGUCGGCUUGGUGGCUCUCCCCCGACUCCAUUGCGCAGAAUAAAGUGACAUUUUCGGAUCUGCUGGGACGCGUGGGGUCUGCCCCAAGGGGCUGCCAGUGGGGGCUGUCAGGACGUGGUCCAUUUGCUCCCGCCCUGCACUGAGUCCUCCUCAGAGGGACCGCCAGGGGCGCCGUGGGGGCGGAGAGGGGUGGGCGGGGUCGUUCCCUGCCCAGAGCACUGGGUGCCGUUUCCCGUAAACCACCUGCUGCGCCCGCGGGGCUUCCCAGGCUCGGUGCCAGCUGGUGGCCAGGAAGUUCCUCUCCUUGUCUAACCACAACUGACCCAACACAGAGAUUCUUCCCCUGGGGGAGGCAGAGGAGCCACCUGAGGACACUCACUUGGGAGAGCAUGGGCCCGGGGACCUUCCAGGGGCUCACACUCCUGCGUCUGUGGGCUACAGUGAGGGCAGUAAACACGCUGGGGUGCCCUCGGAGGCACGUGGUCCAGGUGGCUGGGCUGUGACGGGCGGUGCGGGGUGGAGGCGGGUGGUUUGGCCCAGUGUGACAGUGGCCUGCAGGCCCUGGGCCCCGGGCAGCAGGUGGGGCCAGUGGGUGCACAGGACAGAGGCUGUGGACGCGACCCAGAGCCACGGAGUUGGGGACCGAGCCCCCUCCACUGGCUUCCUCAGGGGCGACCCUCAGUCAGGACUUCAGCCCCGACCACCGCCACUGUCCCUUAUGCAUCACUGGCGUUUUUUCCUCACGAAAAGGCAUUUCCGAUUCCUUUCCAAAUAUUUUAAUCUCGAUAGUAUUUGAGUAUUCUUGCCUGGACAACUGUCACUGGUAAGAACCCAAAGAGCACAGCUGCAUCU